AGUGAGCGCCGUCUGGCCGGAGUCAGGGCGAGCGGCGCGCUGAAUCAGCUGGCAAAGCAGCUGAGGCGGUGCCGGGAUAGGCUGCUCACCAGCCGGUCGGGGCUCCCGCGCCGUUCUCAGGAGGCAGCGGCUGGCCAGUCCAGGGGGCGGCAGUGGGGAGGGCGGGCGGGCAGGCUCCCUCCGUGUGCCGCCGCCGCCGCCGCACCGGACGAACCUCUGCAUGCAUCUCGUCGUUUGAUUCGGCGGAGCCGGAGAAGGGGCUGGGGAGGCUGGACGGCCUCGCCCCCCACUCUGCCGCCUCCCCGCAGCCCCCAGAGCGCAGCCGGUCCUGCAGGACCUUGGACAGAAGCCCCGGUGCCCGGAGGGCGCGCACUGCGGUGACUUCUGAAUCCGAGUCAUUAAGGCAGUGACGGAAGGGAGAGCAGAGCAGGGUUGAAGCAGAGACCCCUCUGCCCUGGUGGUGACUGCACCCAGCUCUGUCCACUUUGCCCUGCUCCCAGCCGCCAGUGCACCAUGGGCACUGUGUUAAGCCUUUCACCCAGUUACCGGAAGGCCACCCUCUCUGAGGAUGGUUCGACCACAGUGGGGCAUUACACUGCAGUCCAGAACAGUAAGAACGCCAAGGAUAAGAGCCUGAAGCGCCACUCUAUCAUUUCAGUGCUGCCUUGGAAACGCAUCGCGGCUGUGUCUGCCAAAAAGAAAAACUCCAAGAAGGUGCAGCCCAACAGCAGUUAUCAGAACAACAUCACGCACCUCAACAAUGAGAACCUAAAGAAAUCUCUCUCCUGUGCCAACCUCUCCACCUUUGCCCAGAACCAGGGCAAUCAGCCUACAGCUCCAAGCCACCAGAUUUCCAGCUCCAAGGGCACCCUUUCUUCUGUCAAGAAAACCCCUCACCCCAGCUGCAACUCAUCUGGCACCCCCAAGAGGGUCCUUGUCCAAGCCUCAACCAGUGAGCUGCUACGAUGCCUGGGGGCAUUCCUCUGCAGACGCUGCUACAGGCUGAAGCACCUUUCCCCCACCGACCCAGUCUUGUGGCUGAGAAGUGUGGACCGGUCUCUCCUUCUGCAAGGCUGGCAAGACCAAGGCUUCAUCACUCCAGCUAAUGUGGUCUUUCUGUACAUGCUUUGCCGGGAUGUCAUCUCAUCCGAGGUAGCCACGGACCAUGAUCUUCAGGCUGUCUUACUUACCUGCCUCUAUCUCUCCUAUUCCUAUAUGGGCAAUGAGAUCUCCUACCCUCUCAAGCCUUUCCUGGUGGAGAGUUGUAAAGAGGCAUUUUGGGAUCGUUGCCUCUCCAUCAUCAACCUCAUGAGUCCCAAAAUGUUGCAGGUCAAUGCUGACCCACACUUUUUCACUCAGGUCUUUGCUGACCUGAAGAAUGAGAGCAGCCAAGAAGAGAAGAACAGGCUGCUCAUUGGCCUGGAUCGGUGAGCCAAACCCCUUGUCAUUUACACGAAAGGGAACUGCCUGUUUUCCUUGUUUUAUGUUCUUUUUGUUUUUCAAACAAGCCAGGACACAUAGGUGAGACUGGACAGGUCUGAAUGAAAUCAGCCACCCACUGCUGGUCUCCACCAUUAUUAGCUUGGCUUCUAUGAAUCAAAACUGACAAGAGAUGAAAUGGGUUUGCCUGUUUGGUUUUCUGUUUUGCUGCAUGUGAUGGAUAUGGCUUCCUUUCCACAGAUUGUAAACCAGGAGAGGGCAAAAUGGAGUGGAGAAGCAAGCACUGCAAUACAAGAUCAUGGCAUCCCUUCACCUUUUGCUUUGGCCUAAACAGCUUGUGAAUUGGGGUGAACUAGUGUGUAGGAUGUAAUUCUUCACAGUGGAAGGCAGUGGAAGAGAAUGGUAUUUACAGUUCUUAAGAAGAAGGAGACCAGAUCCAGUGGAUGUUCUAGCAUCUGGUAUUCCAGAAAAGGGAUCCAAGAAUGGGAUUUUUAAAAAUAAUAAUUUAAAUGUUAUUACUUGGUACACCAAUUUGAGCAAAAUGACACCAACACAGUACCGAUCUCCAAAAUGGACUCUUACUCCAUGAUAGUGUGAUUAUAUUGAGAAACAGAAGUGGGUAAGGAAAAGUCGGAAAUAUACAGGAGGCACACCUGAUUUUGUGUGUUAUCACCUCUGGCACCCAUUUCAUUGAGGGCCUAUGACCUCGGCUCCAUAGCAUUCUCUCUAAACAUCAGUGUCAGAUUUGAGAAUCCUUUCCUGCUAAGGUAGAAAAAACCAUAGGAGUUAAUAUGGACUGGGAGGUGAGAUUCAAGAUAGCUCCAGGG